GCGCUGUACGAGUAGAGGCGUGUUUUAGUAUGCAGGGACAGCCCAAAAGUGUGCUGACAGCAGCCUGGACUGUGCCACAUUCCUAUGAGACAAACCAUUGCUGCGAGCCAGGAGUGGUGCUGAAGGAGGGACUGCUUGGGCUGAUGGGUAUUUUAGAGCUGGCAGUCUUUAUAUACGUGCGUUUAGUGUGGUGUAGUGUUUACCACAGCAUUAACGGGAUUGAUCCUGAGACAUGGAGCUGCGAGAGCUGCAGGAGCCUGAAUGGGAUGUGCUGAACUGACAUAAUGUUAUGCGUGGAACAUUCACACAAUGGGUUUCAAUAAAUAACCCUGCGCUGACAUUCUAGAGACGAGUAAUACAAAUCCCAUAAAACAAGAGGUGUUUCAGACAGAAGUGAAAUUGCUCAUAGCGGGCCACUCCAUGGAGACCACACAUAGAUCCAUGAAUCUUACCUUCCCUAUUGAGGACAAAAAUGGAAAUAACAUCACUUGCUCAAGCGAGGAUUCCCCAGAUUCACUAAGGGGCUCUAGCAGUUUGAGUUGUGGCGGUUCAGUCAGUCCUCCUGAUGUAGAAAUGGAGGACUGUAUCACUUGUCCAACAAAUGAUGAGGGAUCUCGUCCUUCAAAUGUAGUGAAAUCAAGUGGUGCCAUUGCUGUAGACUUUGUCAAAUCAAAAAUUGACAACUGGAAUGAGACUAUGACUCUCUUGUUAGUAGACCCCAAAAACUCUGAAUGCAAUAGCAGUGACCGAAGCUCAGAAACCUCCCCUGGCGAGCGAGAGCUGUCUGAGGUGGACUCCUGUGAGCCGUCACGCCGUGGAUCCAGUGAGAACUGUUGCUCUGUGAGCUCUGGUGAAAUGGUUAUGAGGAGUAACAGCUUUGUCUUGCAUGAGAACGACGAGCCACUUAGUAUCUCACUGAUCAGGGAGUCCAGAACCUCCUUGGAUAUAUCUUCAGAUCUUGCUGUGGUAUCAGGGAUGUUACCUGACGUGUGUGAGGGCCUAGCCGAGGUGCCGCAAGAUGAUCGCAAGAAUCAGGGCCUGGAGUGUACCUACAUCCAACUCAACAAUCAAACCUUUCUCAUAGAUGAAAAGUCAUUGAGCAAUGAGAAACUUGAAUGCGUCACACCUAUUCAUAAUCACAAAUCCCAUAAGGAUGUGCAAAAGUUGGCAUUUACCAAUAGUGGAUCUAAUCCUUCAACACCAGUUGAGGGAAAAACUGUGCUUCUUACUGCCUCUGAGGAUUUGGACAUCAGUGGCGAUGCUCAAACCUCAACUCCAGUGCAGACUGUGAAUAACAAGACAUUUUGCCUCCCAUCUUUGUCUGAGUCACCUCUAAAUAAAGAUGAAGGUGAUUCAGUGAGUCCAAUGGCUCAAGUUAUUAGACAGCAGCAAGGCGCUGCUUCUCAAAAGUCCAAAACACCCUUGUUGUCAGCGAGUAAAAGCAACAAGAUAGAAAUAAAACGGUUUCCGAAGCCUAACUUCAGUAAUAUAAAGUCUAAAAUUAUGUCACGCGCCUCCAACCCCUUCAAGACAUCAAGUGCACCGGUUACAAACGCUGUCCCUCAGACUAAUGAAAGCCAGACUAUGGACCAACAUAAGUCAUCUCCUACCAAAUCCACUUCUAAUGCAGUAACCAGCACUUCUGCCACACCAGCUCAAAGUGUAAGAAGCGCUAAUGCAGCUAAAAGAACCCGCUCAUCUACUUGCCAAGAAAGUGGUCCAGCCUCAAAAUUUCGACCUCGCCGAUGGUCUGAAAGCGCUACCUCUUCCAAAACAAAUAAAGAUGGAUCGCAAGAGAAGAAUGGAGUCUUGAACAACCUCACCACACCACAAAGAAACACUAAAGGUGCUGCUCAGAAUCAGGGCGGGAAGACCAAACCUGCAGAAAUGGAGACAAAUAGAGAGGACACCCAGGGGAAUGAGUCUCUGAAGGUUCGUGGGAAAAAUCAGAAAGCCAAUCUGUUGGCGGUGUCUACCAGGCCAGCAGCAGUGGCAUGUGAGUGGAGUAGAAGCAGGGUUGGCUCCCAGCCAUCCCCAGCCAGUACAGGAGGCGCCUCUGCUGCUCACGUUCCAGCUGCAAACUUACGACCACCACUUUCAGCCUCUAAGCUCAAACCUGGUACAGCAGGAAGAGAUGGCAGCAGUACCUCUGACAUGCCUUCACCCAGGAGCAAACUGAGCACGUCUGAUGUCAAGCUCAAAAUCCAUUUAACUGAAGGUGCAAGUGCAGUUUCAGGAUCCCAGACCAGAUCUGCUGUGUUCGCAGCUCCAACAUCGGCCUCCAAACUGCCUGUGAAAUCCAGAUUACAGACCAAGAGCUCCAGCACUUCUCAGACAAAUGGACAUUUAAAGCAAGACCAAGCUGAACCCUCUGUGGGAACCUUGAGUAAACCUCCUCCUAACAGGACCCCAUUGUCAAGGACCAAGCUGCAAUAUCCACCUACCAGGAGUGCAUCAUCAGGAUGCAAAAACACCUCUUCAUCAGGUUCAGGGAGGCCUUCGAGCAGUCCUCUGAAAGCCCCUACCAUAGCCCGACUUAAGGCACCUGCUUCUACUCCAACAGUUGACAAGAACAAGUCAAGGACUUCCCGAAACCAGCAGCCCCCGACAAAUGGGCAACCGGAUCUGGUACCUCCAGAGAGCAAAUCAAGAAAUGUGGAGUACUACAAGGCUCUGUGUGAGAAGAAGAACCAGACCAUCCAGCAGCUGGAGAACACGCUUCGAUCCAACAACCGCAGGUUCGAAGCUGUUGCUGUGGUCAUAAAGCAUCUAUGUGCUGGGCAUGAGGAGAUGAUGAAGCAGCGCAGGGAGCUGUCUCAGGAGCUGGUCACCUUGCGUGAGGAGCUGGUGAGCUCAGCUCACUCCUGUGAGCGCCUGGAGCAGGAGAAGGAUGAGCUGCGUGCCGCUUUUGACGGAGUUCUGCAGAAGGUCCAGGAGCAGCACCGCUUGGACCUCGCUGACCUCGAGGAGAGACUGAAGACCUUCUAUUCCACCGAGUGGGAGAAGGUCCAUCAGACCUACCAGGAGGAGGCUGACAAGUGCAAAGCUCAGAUGGAGCAGCAGCUGAAAGAGUUGCGAGAAAAACAUGAGGCUUUGAAAAGGGAACUGGAAGUGAGCCAUAUGGAGGAAGUGGAUGGCCUUAAACAACAGUUUGAAGAGUCUUUCAAAGAACUCAAACGGUCCCAUGAACAGGAAAUGCAGACUCUCAAUGCAACACUGAAGGAAUCAGAGGACACGUUAUCUAAUCGAAUUCAGGAGCUCAUAACAGAGAAUAACAACCUCAAAGAAAAGCUGGAUGCUGAAGUGAAGAGAAGGAUGGAUCUGGCUGAGAAAACACAGGACUCCCAUACUCUUUAUCUGGAGCAGGAGCUUGAAAGCCUUAAAGUAGUGCUGGACAUUAAAAACAAACAGCUCCAUGAACAGGACAAGAAACUCAUGCAGAUAGACAAACUGAUGGAGAGGAAUGUGAAGUUGGAUGAAUGUCUUAAGAAACUGCAACAGGAAAACGAAGACCUCAAAGCCAGAAUGGACAAACAUGCUGCUUUAUCAAGACAACUGUCUACAGAGCAGGCGGUUUUGCAGGAAUCCCUUCAGAAGGAGUCCAAAGUGAACAAACGCUUGUCUAUGGAGAACGAAGAGCUGCUCUGGAAGCUGCACAACGGUGAUCUAAGCAGCCCUCGCAAGGUCUCCCCUUCUCCGUCCCUGAAUCUCCAGUCACCACGUAACUCAGCGAUGUUCUCCAGCCCUCCCCUCUCGCCUAGAUAACAAUGGCCUUCAGCUUCCAGGAAGCACUUUCAUACAGGACGGAGCGCUUCCUGUAUGCUGAAGCUGGUCUGGACCAUGUCAGUGGCUUUCGAUAUGGAAUGAACUCUUGACUCUUGUACAGAUUAGACUAUAUUGCACAGAAGCACUUACCAAUGAGGCCACCCUCGUACUAUGCCUUUUACAUCUGACUGUGGAGGAAAAAAAAAAGAAGUAUCUCAGGGCUUGUAGAAGGUUUCUCUCAAAUUUAUGUUUUUUCCCUCCUGGAUUGCUUUAACCAGCUUUCUGUAGAGGAAUGACAUAUGAAUCCACGACUGGGGCCUUUAUCAACUUACAAAGCUUUUCCACCAGACGCCUUGAAGUGUAUCUGUAUAUACCUAGAUUUAUCAUCGCUCUGGGACAAAUGCCCAAAUGCCAGCCGGCCAGUGGACAUUUCCCAGAUGCUGCUGCUUAUGUAGCGUUUGGUUUCCCUUUACUUUAUGUAGGACCUCAGACCCUGGAUGAACUUUUUUUUAAAGAGGCAAUCCAUAGAUCAACUCGCGUCAUAAACUGACUGUUACGCUUUACUCAAAUGGAAAUAUUCAAGAUCUCAAACCGGUGUUCUCAAAACCUUAUGCAACAUUUUUUUCUUGUUUAUAUCAUGCCUUUAUUUUUGAUUUUGUAUUUUUUAAACAUCAUACAAGGUGAGCUUUGCCCAGAUCAUGAUGCAUGUUUCAUCACAGAUUUGCUCUCCUUAUCACUCAUAUAUGCAUAGGAGAGAUGCAAUACAGUGACUGAUGCAGAAUGAAUUAUUACAAAGUCUUGAAUGUUUUGAUUAAUGCCUGUAUAAGGGUUGAAUUGUCCUUUUCCUCACGUUCUUGGCAAUCAAAGAUGCAGUCUAAUUGCAAUGGUAUGCUGUAAACGGACAAGUGUUUGAUAUAAAAAUGGCACGUCAUUGGGCAGCCCUGUGACUGAAGGCAUGUAGUAUUGGGAAUCUGCGAUUUUUCAUAAUGACUUUAUUGAAUACGGGUUUUGUAUAUUAUUCAGUAUGAUUGAGCCCUACGGGACAGAUUUGAGAGUUUGUUUGUCUUUGUUUCAAUAUUUAUGUGUUCAUGAGACCAAUGUAAUGGCCUAGCAUGUUCCAGUGGCCUCAGGAGCUCCCCCUCUGUCUGAAACCCUCCACUGCAGCUUUACAUUCAAGCUAUUUACAAAGAAGUUCAAAAGCAAAAGAAGUUUUUUUUUUUUUUUUUUUU